AUGUUUGCUCAUAGGGCUAAGGGCAUUGAGCAGCACCCUUACACUGGUCAUAAGAUUGUGCAGUAUGGUUCCGCAGCGGCAGGGAGGCAGCCGGGCGUGAGACAAGGCAGGAUGAGGGGCCUCAGUAAGUGGUGGCAGAGGUGGGUGCUGGAUGCCGUGCUCACCCACCCACCUCCUCUCCUAGCUGUGGUGGUGUCAAUCUUUCUGACGGUGUUUGCGGUGGGCUUCUGGACCAGGUUGACUUGGCAGUGUAUCGGUCUGUCAACGUGUUCUCGGACAACAUUAGAGGAGAAAACAUGUUGGGGCAGCUGUGUGGUGUGUUGCCCAUUGAUGUGGUGUACACUUGGGUCAAUGGCUCAGACCCCCUGCUGCUGGAGGGUCUACGGGCUGUCUGAUGGCAUCCAGAGUGACUGUUCCCUCUCCCACUGCCUGCCUGCACCGUACAUCAGCCUCAUGGACUCCACCACACCCAAGAGCAGUUUUGAGUCCAUCCCAUCAGUAUUAGAGGUGAGCCAGCUGUCUAUCACUCAUGACAGCCGACUGCACAACUUCACCAUGCUGCACCUGGCCAGGGAGGGAGAUGUGGCCCAGGUAAUGGAGAGGGUGGCACUCCUGGCCGGCAACAGUUCAAAGCCCAAGCAAGCCUACUGGACGUCAGAUGUGGGUGGUGGCUGGGGGGUGAAGCAGAAGCAUGCAGUGUUGGUGACCGGCGCUGCUCAUCUCUCCCACUUGGCACUGCUGCAGACACUCUUCCCGCACCACAGGAACAUCACAGCAGCGUGCUCUGUGUCAGGCUCUGGGGGAGUGCAGCUGGUAGAGUGCCGAGAGGAUGAGCUUGUGCCUGGUCUACUCAUUGCCAACAGCCACCUGGAACCGGCCACCUCCAACACCAGCAUCCGCACCCGCCAGGCCAUGCUCAUGCUGCAGUCCGACCUGAAGGAGAUUGAUGCUAACCGGUUUGAAGACAAUGAGGAGCUGCGGUACUCCCUGCGGUCCCUGGAGCAGCACGCGCCCUGGGUCCGGAGAAUCUUCCUGGUGACAAAUGGCCAGAUCCCACACUGGCUCAACUUGGACAACCCUCGCCUCACCAUUGUCACCCACCAGGACAUCUUCCCCAACGCCAGCCACCUCCCCACGUUCUCCUCACCAGCGAUUGAGAGCCAUAUUCAUAGGAUUCCCGGGCUGUCCGACCACUUCCUUUACCUGAAUGACGAUGUGAUGCUGAUGCAGGAGGUGUGGCCAGAGGACUUCUUCUCCCCUGGCUCAGGAUUCAAGGUGUAUCUCUCCUGGUCACUGCCGGAGUGCUCUUCAGGGUGUCCAGGGUCCUGGCUGGGUGACGGCUACUGCGACGCCUCCUGCAACACCUCCGCCUGUGAGUGGGAUGGCGGCGACUGUGCUGGUGGGGACGUGGGGGGCGACCUGCUGGAGGGUGACGACAGUAUGGGGCUGGAUGAAUCGGUUGGCUUCUGUGCCCCCUCCUGCUCCGACCUGUGGCUGGCGGACCAUUACUGUGAUCAUUCAUGCAACACUCUAUCCUGUGCAUUUGAUGGUGGGGACUGUGGCCUGGAGAAGGUGAAUCUGCUGCACAAUUUAGCUGUCCCCACGGCCUCUAAUACCACCUACGUUCUUCCUCAUGGCGUUGCUGGUGCUUGGAUGAACCUGUCCUCACUGCUGGGGCCGGGGACAAGUGUGUACGGCUCCCACACUGAGCACCCUGGCAUAAGAACCAUUGUCAUCAACACUGCACAAGAAGUCUUUUUUCUCCUGGUGAAGGCUAACAUCACAGCCACACUACACUUGGAGCUCAACAUCACCAGGCAGCAACAGGGCAAGGAGAAGGAGCAGCUGGAGAAGUCUGUGAGGUAUUCACUCACUGUGAAGUGCAACACCUCCCCUGUGGUGGUGAACAGGUCCUCUGAGCAGAAACCCAGCGUGCCACUUGCUGAGGUGAAAAAUUUCACUUUUGACCAGUUGGGGCCAAGGACCAGACACAAAGACACUUCACAAGAUGACUCUAAGAACCUGGAGUUUGCUUAUGUCAAUGUGGACGCAUCAAAGCUGCCGGUAUCCCUGGUGUCAAAGGUUCACCAGCUGGAAGCACUGUACAGAGAUGGAGAACUGACUGUGAGUGGGUUAAAGAUGAGGAAAUCAAGACUGAUAGCAGCAGCAUUGCACUCAAGUAAAGACCAUCACCUGUUGUACCACAAGGAGAGUGACUGGCCUCCUAAAAUAAAGGCACCCGAAAAUGUAGGGAAAAACACCACAUUGGUCGUUGAUGUAAAUAAGCUUUACAAAAAGGAAAAUGAAGCCAAAACCCCUUUAAAAACAGACAGCAAGCCAGUUAAUACCAGCAAUCAUCUGGGCGCUAGGGAACUACUGUGGGAUGAACAUGAACAGGAGACAAACCCAAGCAAACCUGCCUUGAAGAAACGCCCAAACUUUAGCAAGAAAAUGAAGCCUCAAGAGAAAGAACAGGAGGAUAACGGAACUCUGGCAGUGUACACAGGAAGUCUGCCCUGGGAGAAGCAGAGGCUGUUCCCUGUAGGAGACACUGAAGAUGAGGAGAGGGAGCCUGUCUUGCCCCUCACUGGCCGACGGCACCUCCUGGACAUGUUUGCUGAGUCCCUGCUGCAUGUGAACCGCCUCUUCAAUUCUGAGUACGGCUACCAGGCGCGCAGGGUGCCGGCCCACAUGCCUCACUUCAUCAGCAAGGGUGUCAUGGAAAGCCUGCAGGAGAAGUUCAGGGAGGAGUUUGAGCUGACGUCAUCUCACCGGAUCCGGAAAGCCAAUGACAUGCAGUACGCCUUCUCUUACUACUUCUACCUGAUGAGUGAGAAGAGAAUCAGGACGCCCACUGAGAUCUUCACAGAGUUUGACACAGAUGCUUCAGGGACAUUGUCAGACCGGGAGAUUCGGACACUGCUCGCCUCCCUGCAUGACCUGCCACUCCACUACAACAUUGUGCACGAGUUCCACAUGCUGGUGAAGAACUGCUCUGCUGCCCACCACACCAGAGAAGUUCCCACUCCAGUCUAUGAGAGAUAUGCUGACUCAGACCUGCCCACCGUGAGCCUGGAGCUGAUGCUGAAGUGUGAGCCGCUGACCGCCCUGCUCAAGAAGCUGGAGAAGGUGAACAAGUACCGCUACACUCACCAGUCUGAUGAAGCCGUGCACUUCAAGAUGGUCACCUCCAAUGUGUCCAUCGUCAUCCACAUGCUGGACGAAGUGCGGAAGAACAGGAGAAAAUUCAUCUGUCUGAACAGCAACCUGGACCCCAAGAGCAAGUCCAAUGACCUGAUCCACGCCCUGGUGCAGGACACCUACGAGUCGCUCUUCCCGCUGCCCUCCUCUUUCGAGCUGCCCCUCAACUACCGGAACCGCUUUCUCUAUGUGGAGGAGCUGGUGGCCUGGAGGAAGUGGAGGGACUUUGUGCGUGCGCUGAUCUACGCCUGCCUCGCCUCACUUGUCUUCCUCACGCUGGUCAACUUCUUCAGCACUGAGCUGGAGAGUUUGCGGCGGCGGUGGUGCAGGCGGCGGCGCCGGCGGGACGGCUACGGGCCACUGAAGGUGUGACAGAACCGUAACUCACUCCUGCUCCUCCCACGUCAAUGUGUUCACUCAUCCUCUAGGUGCCAGGCGUUCUCAUCACUCCACUCAUCUCAUUGAUCAUCACACCAUUGACCCCUCAUGCCAUGGCUUCAAGAUGCUUCCCUUGAGUCCUUCCCCAGUGUGAGACUCUCUGGCUGUCCCGGAGAGUCACUUCCUGGCUGUGAUUCAUUGAGAGGGACGCUGGAAGGUGUAGUAGAUGUGAAGAAGAGGUUAGUGGAAGGGAGGGUGCAGUGGCAACCUUGCUCAUACACAAUACAUAGCUAAGCUUCUGUAACUAUUUAGACUCUCUUCAUUGAUUAAUUUUCUGACAUUAGCAUUCAAAAGUGACCUAAUAUUCUCAUAAUUGCCAUGUACAUGAUUAUUUUUUAUCUUUUGUGUGGUAAGUAAGUACAGUACAUUGAUUGGUAUUUCAAACUUAUCAAAUAUGCUCAUAACUACCAUGACGGACCUUGAUUCUAUUUCAUAUUUCUUAGAGGUGUACUUUGUGUCUCCUACCACACUCCUUAGCUUGCUGCCAUAACACUUCAUGCCCCUGGGGAUCCUGAUGGUCUUGUUACCUUUGCCCUCCUGUGGCUUAGAUGUGUGGCAGCAGUGUGUAUGUGUGUGUGUGUGUGUGUGUGUGUGUGUGUGUGUGUGUGUGUGUGUGUGUGUGUGUGUGUGUGUGUGUGUGUGUGUGAGGCUUCAGGGCUUGCAGGGGAACACAAGCAUAAUAUUAGACUUUGGUGAUGGUUAGUGUGGUGUGAUGGUGAUUUGUUUUGUUUGUUUGCUUGUUUUUAGUUUUGUAUUGUUUUAUGAUUUAGAUUUUAGUUUUUAGAGAGUGUUUUCUUUUUCUUUUAUGACUUUCUCCUUUCUUUUUUGCAUAACACUUUGUUUUGUUAUUUUAGUUACAUGUUUUUUUGUAAUUUAGAUUUGAAUUUUUUGAGAUACUUUUUUUUUGUAUUUCUUAACUUUUUUAAAAUUUUUAUAUCACUCUGUUGUAUAAUUGUAGUAUUUUAUUUAUCUAGUUAUAAUAAUAUCACACUUUUUUUUACAAUAUCAAUUUGAUUUUUUUAUGAGACAAUUUGUUGCAUUUUAUAAUUUAUCGUUCAGGGCAUAACCAUACUCUACAUAAUGAAGGUGAAGUGAUUAGUCUGAUUUAAGUAAAUUGCAAGGAAAUAAGAAAAAGACUUGCUUACCAUAUACUAGCUUGCUGUGUUAUUAAUUUCUGUGCUCAAAAGUGUGUAUUCAGGGUCUCAUAUACUCAUGAUGGCAUGCUGCAGUGAGGGAGGAUGCGAUUCAGUCCCGUACUCAGAAACGGUUUGCUCUCUCACUACAACUAUUUUCAAAGGCUCUGGUUAAAGUUACUCAUGUUCUUAAGGGUAUUUUUUAUGGUUCUGGUGAUGGAUUAGCAAGAUUUCUAGUGUAUCAUAAGGAGAAACUACCUUAAAAACCCUGCUAGUCGUCUCUGGGCACUUGAAAAAAUGUUGUGGUGAGAGAACAUGGCGUUUAUGAAUAUGGCUGUCAGUCAGGUGUCUCUGCCUUCCUCCUGAACAUGGCACUGUCAGGAGGAAGGUGGAGGCACUACGGAUCUAUACUUCAGCUUUUAACCUGUAAAAUAAGAAUGCAGAAAGGUUUUUGUGGGUUGUGUUUACUGUUUGCUUUCUUGUCAUAUUCCAAUGUUUUUGGAAAUUGUUCUUAUUCUCUGAUUUGGUGAUGUAAGGUUGUUAAAACACUCAUUCACUUUCACUUAAACACUCACUCAUUCACUUAUAGACUCACAUGCAAACACAUGCACACACUAGAGGAUAUGGAAAGAGGCUGAAGAAGAAUGCUUGUAGAAGAGAUGGUAAAAAGUACAAUGGAUUUAAGGCUGAGCUAGAUGUUAAAAGAUGUGGGGAUGGGACAGCAAGGGCAUAGGUUUUUACUCAUAAAGCACAACUAGGUAAACACACACACACACACACACACACACACACACACACACACACACACACACACACACACACACACACACACACACACACACACACACACACACACACACAC